AUGGCGGAGAGCGAUGAGGAGGAGCUGCCUACCUUAGCCUCCCUGCUACAGCCAUCGCUAUCGCCCGGCGGGUUGGACCACCGACGGCCCUCGUCCCCCGCUCUCAAACCGGGGAGGGCGGCGGGAGCGGUUUUGGGGGGGAGCAGUGGGAGCGAGGAGGAGGAGGAAGAGGAGGUGGUGGAGAUCGUCCCUCUGCCCGAGAGGAUCAAGAGGAGGGUGGAAGCAAAGAGGGAGGUGGCUUUUCAGCGCCCCCAGCCGGGCUGUGGGGAUGCAGCAGAGGGAGAUGGCGAUUGUGCUAGCGGUGACCUGUUGGGACCUGGCAGUGCAGGGCCGCAGGAAGCCCUGGUGUCGUCUAGAGAAGUGUCUUGUGGCAGCCAAAAUCGCACGCACGGUGUUGAGAGGCCCUCUUUGUGCCCGCUGCCAGCCUAUCAGUCCAGCUCCGCAGAUCAGCCUAUGAGGCCCUUGGUAACCGGAACAAGCCCAGAAACAUCCCUGCCUCCUAAGAAGCCAAAAUAUGGUCAGAAGGAAAGGGAGGCAAUCUGCCAGGCUGCGUGGCAGAGGAGGAAGGAGCGAGAAGCACGGAGGAGGCAGCAGGAGCAGGAAAAAGAGAGGAAGAAGGCCCUUGCCAAGAUGCUGAAAGCUCAGCGACCAGGGGAGUGCCAGAAAUACAUAACAGUGGUGCUAGAUCAAGUCCUCUUACAGGUAGAAGGUGGUGGUCAGAUCCUUAGUGCUUUGCAGGCUGCAAAUUAUUCCUGUGUGGUUGAGAGUCAGACCGUUCCCUGUGGCAUCACCUGGAGGAGAAAGACGGUAUCAUCUCAGAUGGAAGAAGGAGAUGAAUGGACAGAAGAACCAAACGUCCUGGUUCUGCUUCGCUUGGAGGAGUUUUUGUCCAUGGUUCACAACUACAAACAAGAGGCCCAGGGCUGUACAGCAGGACAGAAGGAGACCCUACAGAGCUACGUAGCUCAUGUGAUGGAGAAAAUGCCUGGGAAAAUUCUGGCACUGACAGUAGUUCAAGUAGAAAAUUAUUUCAGGUCUCUCAGAGUUCAGGAAAAAAAGAGACUGCAACAGGCAGCAGUGAGUGCAAACCAAGCAGAAGAACAAGGAAAAUGGAGAAAAAAACAAGUUAAGGAUUCUGGCCUGGAGAUAACCAGAAUGGACGUGGAAGAAGCCUUGGUGGAUCUGCAGCUGUGCAAACAAGUUCAAGUCAGCUUUUUUGAGAGCUGGGAGGAGCUUGGAGAGUUUGCCACUAUGUUCACAAAAGCUGUAGCUGAAGCACCGUUCAAGCGAGAGCGAGAGAAGACGGGGCUUCCUUUCUAUUUAGACGAGGGAUGGUGCAGAGGGGUGAAGGUGGAUCAUUCUGGAAAGGGCCUCUUGGAAGUUUGGACAAGGCAGAUACAACAAUUUAAUCGGGUCAGCCGCGAGAUGGCUGAGGCUAUUGUGUCUGCAUACCCUUCUCCACAGCUUCUGAACCAGGCCUACAGCAGAUGCUCCUUGGAGCAGGAGCGGCAAAACUUGCUGGCUGAUAUCCCUGUGCACCGUGGCGACGGUGUGACAGCCACCUCCCGGCGGAUCGGACCAGAAGUCUCCCGACGAAUCUAUCUGCAGAUGACUUCCCACGAUCCUGAUCUUUAUUUGGAUUUCAUUGGGUAG